AUGUGUAAACAAUACCACUACUACUCCGAGUGCAUCACGACCAAUUGCCACUCCAUCCUCGGCUCCAAGAAGCGCAAUCGGUACUGCCGCGAAGCUCUCAAAGCUAGACGCCUCGGACGCUGCUCGACAGGCGUCCAAAACGCUGGAGAAUUCCGCGACGAGGACUCAACAGCGUGUUGCCGCGCCUGCAAACAGCAAGCCAAGACAGCCCGCCAGCGCGAACGGCAGAACGAACAGCAGGUCCCGGACCAGAACGGUAGUGACUAG